AUUUCAUCAGAUGUAAAGUUUUUAUGGCCUGAGAAACUUGAAAGGAAGUUCAUGAGAAUAACCAGAGAAAUGCAGUGGAAGGUAAGGCAGGCCGAUGCCCUGUUGUCCUAGCGGAUAUAGUGGACCCUUGAACAACGCAGGUGUGAACUAGGGGGUCAACUGAGGAAAACCCACAUAGCGGGCACUGUUCAAACCGUUGUUCAAGGGUCAGCCACAUUUUAUUUUACUGCUUUAAUCAAUGAUCUUUGUGCAUGGGUUAAAAUUUGCCACUUUGAGGACAUUUAAGGUAUAUUUUCAUUCUAGUAGAGGCUAUACCUUUGUACCUGAGAAAUAGUUGUUAAUCAGGACCCUCCAUCACAAACUGUCCUGUGGCAUGAAAAGGAGUAAGAGCCUCUCCCUGUGAGUUUUAGUUUUGGACCAGCUCAUGGUGGUCCCCUUGCCCUGGUUCCCUGUGACUUCCCCACGGCUGGGGAUCACGGUCGUGACUGGCAUGAAGACGAUGGAAACCUUUCCAGAAGGUUCUCAAACUGAUGUGACUUGGAAAAGGAUCCCCACUUGUGCGUAUGCAAGGAAAUGGUGCGGGGGACAGACAUUGCACAGGCCCUUCCUCUUCCAGCACUUCACAGUCCAGAAAAUUCAACCUUGUUUUCAUCUGUACUUCAGGAAAGCAUUUGUACUUGGCAUGCAUACUGAAAAUACAAAAUCUGAGUUGGCCAAUUAGACACAUUAAAUAUUGAAGAGAACUGGCGUUUGUAAAACUUGAAUUCAAGGAGAAGUAUUUUAUAGAAAUCAUUGUGAGGUCUUACAAGCUAGGGCCUGCCUUGUGUAGCCGCAGUAGCCAGCUUGAGGAGGCGUCAACUAUCCACAGCCUCGCGCAGACACAGGACCACGCCGAGGGGUGUCUAACGGCCACAGCCUCCGCAGGCGCAGUAGCACACCCAGGGAGUGUCUAAUGGCCACGGCCUCACGCAGGCGCAGUACCGUCUCGAGGGGGUGUCUAACGGCCACAGCCUCCGCAGGCGCAGUAGCACGCCCGGGGGGUGUCUACCGGCCACAGCCUCCGCAGGCGCAGUAGCACGCCCGGGGGGUGUCUACCGGCCACAGCCUCCGCAGGCGCAGUAGCACGCCCGGGGGGUGUCUACCGGCCACAGCCUCCGCAGGCGCAGUAGCACGCCCAGGGGGUGUCUAACGGCCACAGCCUCCCCAGGCGCAGGAGCAGGCCGAGGAGGUGGCCAGGAUCACAAGCGCCCAUCCUUCAGGCCUCAAACCUUGCCUGCCGCAUUCCUCCAUUCUCUCCCCUCACCUUGUGAGUGAAUGGCCAUGGGCUGGGCUGUGGGCGUCUGCUGGGCCAGCCGGAGAGUGGGCGCUGCGAGAGCGCGUUUCCUGAGUGCGGGGAUGGCGCCGGGUCCCCGCCAGCCUGCUGGCGUCCCACUCGGGGGAUCCGGGUCGGUUGGCAUGGCCUGCACCAUCAGCAUCCUGAUACGAGGCCUGAGUGAUGAGCUCGCCCUGGUGGAUGUGAACGAAGGCAGGCUGAAGGGCGAGACGAUGGACCUCCAACACGGCAGUCUUUUCGUGAAAAUGCCCAAAAUCGUUUCCAGAAAAGAUUACCAAGUCACGGCCAACUCCAACCUGGUGAUCAUCACGGCGGGUGUGCGCCAGAAAAAGGGAGAGACGCGCCUUGACCUCGUCCAGCGCAACCUGGCCAUCUUCAAGCUGAUGAUUUCUGACAUCAUGACGCACAGUCCGAACUGCAAGAUGAUCAUCGUUUCCAACCCGGUGGAUAUCUUAACUUACGUCACCUGGAAGCUGAGCGGAAUUCCCCAGAACCGCGUGAUCGGAAGCGGCUGCAAUUUGGACACCGCCCGUUUCCGGUAUCUGAUCGGCCAGAAGCUCGGCAUCCACGCCGGAAGCUGCCAGGGGUGGGUGCUGGGCGAGCACGGGGACUCGUGCGUCCCGGUGUGGAGUAGCGUCAGCGUCGCGGGCGUCCCGCUGAGGGACCUGAACGCGCAGCUAGGGACCGACCAGGACCCCGAGCGCUGGAAAGAUAUCCACAAGGAGGUGGUCUCCAGCGCCUAUGAGAUCAUCAGAAUGAAAGGCUACACCUCCUGGGCCAUCGGCCUUUCCGUGGCUGACCUGGCGGAAAGUCUUCUGCGGGACCUUCGGAGAGUGCAUCCGGUGUCCACCAUAGUGAAGGGUCUCUACGGCAUCCGCGAGGAGGUGGCCCUCAGUGUCCCCUGUGUCCUGGGCGCGGACGGGAUCACAGGCCUGGUCCAGGUGAAGCUGACCCCCGAGGAGGAGGCCCGCCUGAAGAAGAGCGCGGAGACGCUGUGGGGGAUCCUGCGGGCCCUCGAGGUGUGAGCCUCCAGGGAAACACCUGCUGAGGGUGCCAGGAAGCGACUGUCCCUACGGCUGUCACUUAGAGGCCCACACUGACUGCCCUGUUUAUUUAGCCCCCAGCUCUGUUGUUUAACUUCCAGGUUUUGAGUUUUUUAACAGUUCCUAAGUGAAUGCAUCAAAGGUUUUUGUUUGUUUUUUCUGCCACUAAUACACCAAUACUUAACUUGAAUUUAUAUGUAGUUGCCAUUUGGUCCAAAAGAAUGUGGGGUGUAAGUGUUUAUUGUGUUGUAGAAAUUUAUUAUUUUCAUUAAGCACAUGUUAAUUCUUUCAUUCUCACUAGCUUAUGUACUAUUUUCACUUACUAUUUUUAAAAUUAUAGCUUUCUCUGCAGUGAAAAAUAAAUGUACAGAAGUA